UUUCUCCCUAUAUAAAGGGGCUAUGAAAUGAAAUGAGUAGACCAAUUCCAAUUCUCAUUUUACUUUUACACGUUAUCAGCACGCUCAGAGCCAAUAGCCAAGAAAGAAAUCUUAAUUUUCUAGUUUCUUUCCAUCGAAAAAAACCAAAACCCUAGAAGAAAAACAUAUUUUCUUCUUUUUUGCCACCACUAAUUAUCAAAAAAAAAAAAAAAAAUUUCCUUCUUCCCCGAUCAAGACCGGCCUCCACCCCAACCGUCCUGCACAGGCGCUGCAUCAGCCUGCCUCCCAGCACCCUUGGAGCAGCAGCCUAAUCCAUCUGCACCGACUCUACAACCCAGCCCCGACACCUGCAGAUCCCGCCUGCAGCCUCCAGCCCCACCCGGGCCUUGCCUAGCCAACCUCGCGGCGUCUGCUCAGCCGCCUGCAUCAGCAGUCCCGUGCCCCCGCAUCAGCAGCCCUCGCACGCACAGCCCCGCGCGGCCUAGUACCAGCCUGCCCACCAUCCGCUGUAGACUCGCAUUCAGCAGCCCAUCCUAGCACCGAUCCGGCGAUCCCUGCAGCACCAGACCCAGUCGCUUCCUCGCGAUUGCAGCAGCCUGCCCACCGCGCCUGACAGCCCCAGCGACCCCUCACAGCCCAGCCCCGCGCCCUGCUGCAACACAGCCCCGCGCACUGCUGCUGCUACUGCACCGAGCUCUGAUCCCAGCAGCCCCAAGCACCGAUCACCUGUAGUUGCACACGGAAGAAGACGCACCUGCAAACCAGAAGGAAGGAAAGCAGAAGGAGGAAGAAGAGAGAGAAGGAAAAAAAAAAAAAGGAGAAAAAAAAAGAAAAAAAAAAACAAAAGGCCCAAAGACCAGAAGGCCUAGAGAAAAAAAAACAAAAACAGAAAAAAAGAAACUCGGCCCAAAGUAAAGGGGCCAGCCCAAAGAGCAGACCCGGCCCAGACCAAAAAAAAAAAAAACAAAAGCAGGCCUCACUGGUGACGCAGCCCAGCAAGAAGAAAAAGAGAAAGAGAAAAAAAAAAACUCCGGCCCGCUGCUGAAAAACAAAACAUCGCUACACACACCUGCAUCAAUACGCGCGUGCGCUAGGAUCGUUUUGUUUUCUCGAAAUCAAAUGGCUGAUCCAACUCGACCUGAAUUUGACAUCUUGGACUCAGAAGGACUUGAGUAUCAUCGUUGGGUUUCCGAUGUAGAAACUGCCUUUGUGGCAAAAGACUACACUGCCACCAUUACCGACCCCAAAGAUGAUGAAUUAUCUAACAAGGUGAAAGCAAAUGCCUUAAUGUUUCUGAGGCGACAUAUUGAUCCUAGCCUACGCUGGGAGUACCUUCAGUUGAAGACACCCAAAGAACCGUGGGAUGCCCUUAAGGGACGUUUUGGGAACAUUCAUGACACCUUGCUCCCAGAACUAACAGUUCAGUGGAAUGAAAUCCGCUUGCUUGACUAUAUAUAAAAGGGUCAAUGACUUCAACAAUGAUAUGUUGCGCCUAAAGGCACGUCUAAAUUUCUGUGGAAAGGAACUCACAGAAGAUGAUAUGAUCCAGAAGACUCUUUCUACUUUUCCUACUUCAGCAAUUAUACUAGCGAACCAGUAUAGGCUGGAGUAUGACAACAAAAGAAUCACAACAUUCAAUAAGUUGAUCAACCUACUGCAAGUGGCUGGGAGGCAUAAUGAGGUUCUUUUGAACAACAAUGCCAGGCCUGUUGGGACAAAGAAAAUUCCCGAGGCUAAUUAUGGCAAAGUGAAAGGUGGAAAGAACCCCAAUGCAAAGGGGGUUGGACGUGCUGAUCCCUACCCACGUGGCAACAAUGCACCACGUGGCAAGGGACGUGGGGGUCGUGAUAUGGGCCGUGGAGGCCCUCCCAAUGUAUGGCGCAGAGAUGGUGGUGCUGGCCGUAGUGGUCAUGGAAACAAGGUGCAAAGGGCACCUAAGAACCCUUCAGUCAAACAGGAUAGAGUUGGCAAUGAACCAUGCUAUAGGUGUGGAGUCAUUGGACAUUGGUACAAGAACUGCCAAGCAAGCAACAGAGUAGCAGCCAAUUACAAGAGGUAUAGGGAGUCUAAAGAACAAGAGGCUCACUAUAUGGAAGAAGGAGGCCAUGACCCAGACGUCAACCUCACAGUUGCAGACUUUAAUGGCAACAAGGAACUUGCUCAGUCAACUGAUGCCCCAGAUUUUGACUGAUCUGCU